CUUCCGGCGAGUUGCCAUGGAUCUCGACCUCUCUCCGAAGCUCGCGAAGAAGGUCUACGGCAGCGACGGCGGAUCCUACCACGCCUGGUGUCCGUCCGAGCUCCCGAUGCUCCGCCAGGGCAACAUCGGCGCCGCCAAGCUCGCGCUCGCGAAGAACGGCCUCGCCCUCCCUCGCUACUCCGAUUCCGCCAAGGUCGCUUACGUCCUUCAAGGGUGUGGAGUUGCUGGAAUCGUCCUCCCCGAAUCUGAGGAGAAGGUCAUUGCAAUCAAGACGGGUGAUGCUAUUGCCCUCCCUUUCGGUGUUGUUACCUGGUGGUACAACCAGGAUGACACAGAUUUAGUCGUUCUUUUUCUGGGUGAUACAAAAACGGCUCACAAAGCUGGGGAAUUCACCGAUUUCUUCCUGACCGGUUCUAAUGGCAUCUUCACUGGCUUCACCACUGAGUUUGUGAGCCGAGCAUGGGACUUGAAGGAAGACAUUGUCAAGUCGCUCGUCGGUAGUCAAUCGGGCAGUGGUAUUGUGAAGCUUGAUGCUGGCUUCAAGAUGCCAGAACCACAGGAGGAGCACCGAAAGGGUAUGGUGUUGAACUGCGAGGAGGCUCCUUUGGAUGUUGACAUUAAGAAUGGCGGACGAGUCGUUGUUUUGAACACCAACAACCUGCCUUUGGUUAGUCAGGUUGGUCUUGGGGCUGAUCUUGUUAAGCUGGAUGGAAGUGCCAUGUGCUCUCCGGGCUUUUCUUGUGAUUCGGCACUGCAGGUGACUUACAUUGUUAAGGGCAGUGGCCGCGCCCAGGUUGUUGGUGUCGAUGGCAAAAGGGUCCUUGAGACCACUGUGAAGGCUGGAAACUUGUUCAUUGUGCCGAGGUUCUUUGUUGUCUCGAAGAUUGCUGAUCCGGAUGGGAUGUCCUGGUUUUCUAUUAUUACAACUCCCAAUCCUAUAUUCACUCAUCUUGCUGGAAGAACUUCGGUUUGGAAGGCCUUAUCGCCUCAAGUGCUGCAAGCAUCUUUCAACGUUCCCCAGGACGUGGAGGCGGCUUUCAGAUCCAAAAGGAUGGAUUCCGAGAUCUUUUUCCCUUCCGGCUGAGUCAAGUGAAUAAAUAUGUUGGCUUUGGUUUCGAGUAUUUCUCUUUCAUCUCAGCCUUUUUUCCCCCUUCAAAGUCUGUAGGAUGGGGUUUCUUGUUCGGUCUUUCAUGAGGUGAAAACCGGGAUAUGCUGAUUGUUAGUUGCUCUGCUUUCGA